AUGUUACUCAAGCCCGCGACUCCCCUCACCAUCCUACUGCUGGUCGCCUUUGCGCUGUUGUUAAUCUCCUGCCUGUCGACGCCCAUCAUCAAGGGAAUCCCUCUUGCAACAUACGCGAAUGUUGACUACGGUGUCUUUGGUUACUGCCAAGGCAACGCAUGUACCAAUAUCCAUGUCGGAUACACUAGCAAGGAUAUAAAUAGUACCGGCGAUGAGUUCAAUCUGCCUUCCGGUACACGCAAGUCGCUAUCGUCGAUCUUGAUCAUACACCCCGUCGCAGCCUUCCUCACCCUCGUUUGCCUGUGUCUGGCCGCCGCGGCCCACUUCCAUGGCCCGUCCCAUUCGCCGCGCUACCUCCUGGCUCUCCUCAUUCUGCUCUUGCCAACCCUCCUGGUGACCCUGCUUGCCUUCCUGGUCGAUAUCUUGCUUUUCGUGCCGCAUUUACAAUGGGGUGGCUGGAUUGUGCUGGCGGCGACCAUCAUUCUCGUUUCCUGCGGGGUGGUGACUUGCGCCAUGCGACGGACUCUGGUGAGCCGAAAGGCCCGGAAGCGCCGCAUCGCCGAAAACGCGGAGAUGAGUGGCGAGAACUACUACAAUCGCCAAAAUGCGGCGACUGCGGCUAUGGGUAGCGGCGCUGUCCCGGUCCCCACGGAGACCAAGGAAGCUAUGGUAUCCGGCUCUCCCAUCUCCGAGUCGGGUCCUACUUUCGCCAGUUUCCGCAGCAAUACUCGUGACAGCGACGAUGACCGUACCCCGCUCAAUACCACAACCGCUACUGCCAUGAACGAUAUUCCUCCGCCGCCGGAUGCCCAAUACCCCAGCCGACGUGGGACCCCGUACCGCCCGCAGGAGGAAGCCGGCUUACCGCCAUCCGGUCCGUACGGUCCUGGAGUUAUGCGCAAUCCUUCCGAUCCGCGAUUGCGCCAGCAGUAUUCGGACGGUAGUAUGGGUUCUCGCCGAGGUGGCCCUCCGCCUGGGUUCGGCCCGCGCGGCCGAGGAGGUUAUCCUCCUCGGGGCGGGUAUGGACGUGGUGGUCCCUACAUGGGUCCACCCCGUGGGCCUCCUGGCAGAGGUGGGUAUAUGGGACCGCCUCCUAGGGGUGGCCGUGGAGGCAUGAUGCCCGGACGUGGAGCACCCCGCGGCGGAAUGGGCUAUGCGCCUAGUCCAAAUCGCAGCUAUGAGCCCUACGGUCCGCCCAUGGAUGAUGCCUACGGAGCCGCGCCUUUCGAUACCUAUGGGGCUGCUCCUGCCGCGCAUCGGCGCGAGCCCUCUCCAGGCCCCAUUGGAAUGGCAGUGUCGCCCGAAUCUGUGGGCCAGGCAAUUGAGAUGCAACCCCAGCCGCGGCAUUACGAGGGUCACGACUCGAUGGCAACGACCACCUCUCAGCCCCAUGCAAUGACCGACGGUCAAUUAGCCCCUCUUGAGAGUCCCUCUAGCCAGUACAGUCAGAACGAUUCUUACGUUCCUGCGCGAGCUGGAUGGGGUACGAACGAUGACCACCGUACACUCUCACCACGCCCGUCACCAUCGCCCGUACACGCAGGCAAUGCGCAGCCCACGGCCUACUACGAAGACGUGGAUCCUCGAUUCGCUCGUCGCCCCUCACCACAGAACAACAACCCUGUGCCCUCAGCCCUGACCCCUGGAGGGGCUCAUUUUUGAUGAACCACCUUUCUAAGUGAUCAUGUUACUCUCGACAUGAUCCAAUCGAUUUUCACCUACUUGCGAUACCCCAUUCUUAUUCCCUGACUACCUUUGGACGACUUCUGAUUUUUCGCCUCGACAUCAUGGCAAUGCGGG